UAUUAAUGCAUUGUAAAGUUGACAUACGAAUAUGCACGCUCCACUGCCACUGCUGAUGCACAUGUGAUGCUGCGCGACCAGACGAGUGAGUGAGCUGUAAACCCACAUGAUGUGCUUGGGACGACAACAGCCUUUCCUUAUAGGACCGAUGCAAACGCUUUAAACCCACUUUUAAGGAAAACUAAUAGAAGGAAUAUGUUUGUGUUAACGCACAAGAUGGAACGGGGACAAAUCGGACGCCUGAAACGUGAGAAGUGCGCUCGAAUUGAGAUGCGCUGAACGCAACACAGUACUGGAUGUACACAGGAACGCACCGCAAAGAGGACUUUGUUGCCAGUUAAGUGAAGCCCUUUGGCAAAAAAAGCUUGGAAAAAAAAAGGAGCGGAGAAAUUUUAUUCGACAGAAACGAUGUGAAAUGCGGAUCUCUUGUUGUUUCUCAAACGAACUGUCACCCGUUGCCUCUCUGUAGAGUCUGCUUUGGGAACAACAUGACACGGACGCGCUGUCAUUAGCGGGGACAAAUCAGACCAACGCAGCAGCAAUCUGAUCAAUACUAUCGAUAAGCUCAUAUAUAAGGCUAAUCAUCACGCCUGCCUAUGUUUGCUUAACCUGUUUUGGAGAGUAUGCUGUGGGACCAUGAACAAACUGACAAGGUCUGUGGGAGAUCAUGGAUCCGUUUUUGAGCUCCUCAAAAGAUUUUAACAUUGAAAUUAUGAUAUUUGUUUUGCAAGAUGACUGCUACAGUCAGCAUAGCGACGGACAAAGCAGAUCAACUAGUUGCUCCGAUUCCUGUGUAAGCACUCUUGGUUUGGUCUGGAAUUAUGGGGUGACUGCUCAUUCGACUCGGUGAAAAAGCCAUGGAUGUGAACUACUCCACGGUUCUGGACAGCAGUGUGUCGCAGCGCGGUUCGUCGAAGCGAGUUCUGACUGGUUGUUUUCUCUCGCUCCUCAUCCUGACCACCUUACUGGGCAACACAUUGGUCUGCGCUGCCGUCACAAAGUUUCGCCACCUGCGCUCAAAAGUCACCAACUUCUUUGUUAUAUCGCUGGCUAUUUCUGACUUGCUGGUGGCCAUUUUGGUGAUGCCAUGGAAAGCGGCCACCGAGAUUGUAGGUUUUUGGCCAUUCGGCGCCUUUUGCGAUGUCUGGGUGGCCUUUGACAUCAUGUGCUCCACCGCCUCCAUCUUGAAUCUGUGCGUCAUCAGCGUGGACCGCUACUGGGCCAUUUCUAGCCCAUUCCGCUACGAGCGCAAGAUGACGCCCAAGGUGGCGUUCAUCAUGAUAAGCGUGGCGUGGACGUUGUCCAUCCUUAUCUCCUUCAUCCCAGUGCAGCUAAACUGGCACAAAGCCCAGACAACCAGUUACACGGAGCUGAACGGCACCUACGGCGAGCUUCCCCCAGACAACUGCGACUCGAGCCUUAAUCGGACAUAUGCCAUCUCCUCUUCCCUGAUCAGUUUUUACAUACCUGUGGCCAUUAUGCUGGUCACUUACACCCGCAUCUACCGCAUCGCUCAGAAGCAGAUACGCCGGAUCUCUGCGCUAGAAAGAGCGGCCGAGAGCGCCAAGAACCGCCACAGUAGCAUGGGUAACAAUGGCAGUAUGGAGUCCGAAAGUUCCUUCAAGAUGUCCUUCAAGCGUGAAACCAAAGUUCUCAAGACCCUCUCGGUCAUCAUGGGCGUUUUCGUGUUCUGCUGGCUGCCCUUCUUCGUCUUGAACUGCAUGGUUCCUUUCUGCAACCCGAACGAGAGCGAUAGCGACUUCUUGUGCAUCAGUUCCACCACCUUCGAUGUCUUCGUUUGGUUCGGUUGGGCCAAUUCCUCACUCAACCCCAUAAUCUAUGCCUUCAAUGCUGACUUCCGCAAGGCGUUCUCCAUCCUGCUGGGCUGUCAUCGGCUCUGCCCGGGCAGCAACGCUAUAGAGAUUGUGAGUAUCAACAACAACGGUGGCCCUCCGUCUACUUCUCACUAUCAGCCUAAGGGCCACAUCCCCAAAGAGGGCAAUAACAGCAACUAUGUGAUCCCUCACAGUAUCCUCUGCCAGGAGGAGGAGACCCAGAAGAAGGAGGACGACUCUGGGAUAAAGACCUUUGAGAAACUGUCACCUUCCAUGUCGGGUAACUUGGAUAGCGAUGCGGAAAUCUCGCUAGAAAAGAUCAACCCCAUUACACAAAACGGGCAGCACAAAUCCGUACCCUGCUGAGUAUUGGCUGAGAUUUGACCCCAACAAAGAAUCCUUGUUUCUAUACAGUACUGAAUCCAAAAAAAGCUUCACUGAGGACCUUAAUAACAAUUCUUGGACUAAAUGAAACUUGCGGGAAAACAAACGAAUGUUCCAAUUGAAGGCACUUUAUGCUGGAUAACUAUCUGCAAAAUAUUCGCAGCAUUUAUUAUUGACUUUAACAGGUCAGUUGUUGCAAGACAUCAAUGGAAAGUAAUGUGAAUAAACCGUGUAUGCAUAUGUAUACAUGUU